AUGGCUGUGCUGCUGUGCACGGUGCUGCUGUGCGCUGCUGUGCGCGGUGCUGCUGUGCGCGGGGCUGCUGUGCGCGGGGCUUGCUGUGCGCGGGGGCUGCUGUGCGCGGGGCUGCUGUGCGCGGUGCAGGAUCGAGUUCACUGGGCGUUCGCUGGCAUCAAUGUGUGUGCUCCGUUCGCCCUCUUGUAUGCUGUGUCCGUGCCCCAUCUUCUCGUGUGUGCUGGAUGGCGUGGUGCCACGGUGCGGGGCACGGGGCAGGCGCUGGUGGUGAUGGAGUACCUGGUGGCGCAUGGCACCGAGCGCGUCGUCCAAAGACCUGCGCGACCGCUCUGCCUUCAUUCAGGGCCUGGCCGAUUUCCAGUACAUGGACAGCGCGGGCAAGGACCAGGGCCUCAACGUGCGCACCAAGGCGCAGUCGCUGCUCGCCCUGCUGCGCGACUCCCGCGCGCAUUGCUGAGCUCAGGGAGCGUGCUGCUGCCACCCGCAACAGGUGCGUGCUGCUGCCACCCGCAACAGGUGCGUGCUGCUGCCACCCGCAACAGGUGCGUGCUGCUGCCACCCGCCACAGGUGCGUGCUGCUGCCACCCGCAACAGGUGCGUGCUGCUGCCACCCGCAACAGGUGCGUGCUGCUGCCACCCGCAACAGGUGCGUGCUGCUGCCACCCGCAACAGGUGCGUGCUGCUGCCACCCGCAACAGGUGCGUGCUGCUGCCACCCGCCACAGGUGCGUGCUGCUGCCACCCGCAACAGGUGCGUGCUGCUGCCACCCCGCAACAGGUGCGUGCUGCUGCCACCCGCCACAGGUGCGUGGUGCUGCCACCCGCAACAGGUGCGUGCUGCUGCCACCCGCAACAGGUGCGUGCUGCUGCCACCCGCCACAGCUACGGCAGCAACAGCUACGCGGGCGACGGCAGGAGUGUGUACAGCACGGGGUCCGCGGAGAGGGAGAGGGAGGGGGAGGGGGUGCACUCCACUGACAGCGCACACAGUGGCGAGGGCGAGAGGCCGGGCGGGUACACAGACAAGGAGAGGUACGGGGCGGAGGAGGAGGUGGAGCACAGCAGCACGGGGGGCGGUUGCAGCGAGGGCAGGCGGGCACGAGGGAGGGGGUGUGGCAGGCAGCAGGGUGGCGGGCAGCAGUGCUGGCGGGGAAGGUGUGACAGCGGGGCAGGGCGGGGGGCGGUGGGGGGCGGUGGGUACGCCGCAGAGUGCGCCCAGGCCUGCUGCCGUGCCCAGCACUGCAGCAGCCAGCGCCAGUCCUUUUGGAGAGGAAGGCUUCUCAGCAAGCAACCCCCACAGCAGCAGCAGCAGCAGCAGCAGCAGCAGCAGCAGCAGCAGCAGCAGCAGCAGCAGCAGCAGCAGCAGCAGCAGCAGCAGCAGCAGCAGCAGCCGCAGCAGCAGCAGCAGCAGCAGCAGCAGCAGCAGCAGCAGCAGCAGCAGCAGCAGCAGCAGCAGCAGCAGCAGCCGCAGCAGCCGCAGCAGGCAGCGGUGGCGGCAUCUGGUUACGCAGACCCCUCCCAGCCUGCUGCGCCAACUACACCAUAUGCCUUCUCUGCCUCAGACGCUGGCCCCACCUCCUCCGUUGCUCCCCCCCAUCCCACUGCCCAUCACCCGCCCCCCCUACCUCCUGCGAGUGGGGGGGCGGGUGCGGGAGUGAAGAAGUCGAGUGUGUUCUCAGACGUGCUCAGUGCCGGCCUCGUGGACCUCGACAUCUCUAAGGCAUCACCCUUCUCCCACGUGCCAUUCCCACUCCUCUCACCUUCCACUCUCCCUUGCUCUGCCAUCCCCUUACCCACCAUCUCCUUUCACCCGUGCGCCACCCCCUGCCACCACACCUGCGUGGCGGCAUCAGAGCCGGACGACCCACUGAGCUCGGUGGGCGUGAUGCCCAAGUCGAAGCUCAGGUCGGCGCGCGAGCGCAAGGAGGACGCCAGCCGCCACCAGCAGCAGCAGCACCGGGGGCAGGGGCAGGGGCAGGGGCAGCAGGGCGGUGUGCCCGCUGCCAUGGGCCGUGCCAUGGGCCUGGUGCUGGUGCCGGUGGCAUGGGUGGGGGGGCAGGCAUGGGGGGCAUGGGGGGCAUGGGGGGGAUGGGAGGCAUGGGAGGCAUGGGUGGCAUGGGUGGUGGGAUGGGAAUGGGAGGAGGAAUGGGGGGGAUGGGGGCGAUGGGCGGAAUGGGUGGUGGAAUGGGUGCCAUGGGCGGUGGUGGUGGUGCCUAUGGUAUGCAGGGUGCGCUGCAGCCUGCGCUGCCACAUAGCCGCCCGUGCGCCGCCUCGCGCGCCGCUCGCUACCGGCCCGCUGCAGCCCGCUGGCCGCCCACUGCCGCGCCACCUGCAGCCGCGCUGCCACCGCACCGCCCGGCCUCCUGCCGCACACGCCGCCCUGCCGCGCCGCGCUGCCCUGCCGAGCCGCGCCACGCCGCCCUCCCUACUGCCGCAACCGCGCAACGAUGCCACUCUGCCUGCUGCCGAGCCAUUCACCUUCUGCCGUGCUGUACCUCGAACCGCCCCCGGUGCCUAUAUCUGCGGCUAG